AUGAAUCAGAUCCAGAGAGCAGCAUGGAAACCGCAGCAUGAAGAGAUGGAAAUGGAAGAGAUUAAACCGUCAAUAAAUGAAUCUAAGCACAAGAUAGAAAUUUAUGUGGAAAUGAAUCCUCUUAGGCGCAAUCAUCACAGGUAUCCAUACAUUAUUGCCAACUUGGGGAACAUCCUUGAUUAUGAUUUGAAGCUCCCGGAGUGUGAAAUAGAAUAUCAAUUCAAAAGAAAACUCCACGAAGUAAUUUAUAAUAAAGAUUUGACAUCAUUGUGA